AUGGCUAGGAGUACCAACAUUUUCAGGAGCACGACCACGACGGUAGCCAAGGGUGGAGGCAGCGGCAGUAGCUGCGGUAGAACGAAACCGCCCGCCCUGACUUGGUCUGCGGAUGGCGAAGAGGCCGGCGGAAGGCGUGUCGGAGGGAACAGCGGUGGCAUCAACCCUCUAAAGUCCCCCGCGAGCGGCGGCCUGAGGUCUCCAGGAACGCGCAUGCUAGGGAUAGGGGGCGAAGGCGGUUCCGGCUUUCCUAGCAGGGUGAGCUGGGAGGAGGGGAGCCAGGGUACGGCAGGCACCAUGGACACAGCGGAGAUGCACGCGCAACACGCAGUGUCGUUCUCAGGCAUCCCAGACAGCGACGAUGACGGUGGAAACGACGGCGACGGGGAUGAUGAUGACGAUGACGAUGAUGACCUCUUCGAGGCAGCUGACAACUUGGACCUCGGGGCCGUCGACCUUUGCGCAACCGGCAAGGGAGCUGAUGGACAAACCACCUACAAGGAUCAAGACGAGGUGCGGCUGCCUGCUAAAGUGGCCGGCCCUCCGCAGAAGAAGGGCGUGGAACAGGAACGCUUUUCGGCAGCGCUAGAUUUCUUUCGGCAGGAGCAGCAGGGCAGGCCCAGGCGUAUGGCUGUCUCCCCACGCGCCCCCUCCCCGAUGCACAAACUAACCACUUUCGGCACGCUGCCGAGUGGUUUUUCUUCGUCGUCUUCGCGGACAAGUCCACGGACCAGCGCCACCACGAUCACUAGCAUGACCGCCGCCACCACCACCAACCCCUUCGCCUUGAAGCCUGGGGUUUCGAGUGGGGUGAGACUGAGGACGCCUUCGUCUCGAUCCAGGGCGGAAGUCAGGAGCGCUGUCAAGACUAAGGCUAAGACGGUUACGAGGAGGAGGAUGUCCGCUGAGAGGGACGCGGGGACCGCCAGGGACAGGCUGCUCUCCUCGGACAACACCGCCUAUGGCCGGGGCAAGACACCCCUCGCCAGGAGCAUGUCGGUGUACAUCCCCAGUUCCCGGAGCCAGACAACGCCUGUCCACAGAGCUUCCAAAACCCCGACUGUGAAAUCCUCCCGGCGCACCUUGAAGUCCCCGGGGGUCAGGGGUUUCACCCGAGGCGCGUUCUUCGGCUGA